CCUUCCUCUCUGCUUCCACGUCUCGGAAGAAUGCCGUAUCAUCGCGAGACUUCUGUACUCCCCGGAGCUUCCUCCAGCGCCCAGAAAUCGUGAGACCGCAAAGGAAGCAGCAGUGUGCGGCGCGGAAUUCGGACGCAAUGGACGCAAGAUGGCGCAGGGGACCGUAAAUCUCGUAGCUGAAUUCUUAAAAGCAAAGGAAAUUUGGCACAGGAGGAGAAGCUAUGGGCAUUCACAAACUGGACAUUAACAGACCCUAGAAGAAAAAGAAGACACCAUGUAUAUUGCCAUGUGACAGAAACUCCAAGGAACCCCAAAGAUUGUGAGCCAGCCAGAAGAUAACCUCCGGUGGAAGCGCCUUCUAACCUCAAAACUUGAAUUUUCUGGCUCCAAACCCCUCUGAUUUUGGAUGGAUUUGCUGUGCUGGAGAAAAUCUAAGAGUGCAUAAGAUUCCUGAACAAACUGCCUGCACAUUGGGCACUGCCGAAAUUAUUUAACACAGCCAUCACACAAGCACGUAUGUAGCACGUAUGUCAACAUGGCAAGAGCACCCAGUUCACUGUCCCAUUCUGGCAAACAACACAGUCCUUAAAGUUCUCCUCAGGCUCACUGCUCCCAGAUUCUCUGAUGUCUGGUCUCAGUUUGUCUAUGGUUGGAGUUUCUGUUCGGCAGUCUGUUUGUUAAUCAAUUCCGCAACUGCAGUUCUCCCUCCUGGUUCCCAGCACCGACGGCCCCUCCUCCCUUUGGACUGUGCCUGGCAGGGAGGGGUGCAUGCUCCCUGGCCGGAAGAACUUACAGAUUUCACUGAUCUCAGCUCUCCACAGGCUCAUCUUCCGGGUGUAUUCUGAAUAGAGGAUUGCCGGGUCAUAAGGCAACUCUAUACUUAGCUUCCUGAGGAACCAACAGACCAUACUCCACAGUGGCUGUACCAUUUUACAUUCCCACCUGAAGCAAUUUUUCUUACCAGCUGCUUGUAUAAUUGUGAGUGACAAUCUAGAAGAACACACUUGUGAGCUGAGCUGUUGACAAUGCAACCAUUGGAGUUAAUGACCUUCAAAGAUGUAGCUGUAGACUUCACUCAGGAAGAGUGGGCAUUGCUAGACACAUCCCAGAGAAAGCUAUUCAGAGAAGUGAUGCUGGAGAAUAUCAAUCAUCUGCUUUCAUUGGGAUGUCAGGUCUGCAAAUCAGAUGUGGUUUCCCAAUUGGUACAAGGAGAGGAAGUGUGGAGAGAAGGAGUAGGAUUUCUCCAAAACCGAACUCCAGGCAGGAAAAGUGCCAGUAAAAUGCAAGAAAUCAUAUCCCUGCAACUUUCCAACAGGAAAGAGAAUUCUAACCUCUUGUCAUUGAUAUCUCACACUCAGAAGAAUUCCUUUCAGUGGAAUUAUUUGCAAGAUUUCACUCUGAGAUCUACAGUGACUCAACAUUCAUUAAUUCCCAAGGAAAAGAAACCAUAUUUAUGCAAAUUACUUGGAAAACCCCUACUUGACCAGUCAUCUUUUAAUCAACAUAAGACGAUCCACACUAAAAGUAAAUCAUAUGAAUGCCAUCAAAGUGCUGAAGACUUGACUAAAAGCUCUGGCCUCACACAAUGUAAUGAAACUCAAACUGGAGAUAAACCAUAUGAAUGUCUUCAAUGUGGGAAAACUUUCAUUAGAUUUUUUCACCUUAGAGAACAUGAGAAAACUCACACUUCAGAAAAACCCUAUAAAUGUAAUCUAUGUGGGAAAGCCUUUAGCCUAUAUUCUUAUCUUAGGAAACAUGAGAGAAGACACACUGGAGAGAAACCCCAUGAAUGUCAUGUAUGUGGGAAAGCCUUCAGUCAAUAUUCUUAUCUUAGGAAACAUGAGAGAGGACACACUGGAGAGAAGCCCUAUGAAUGCCAUACAUGUGGGAAAGCCUUCAUUUAUGGUUUUCAACUCAGAAGACAUGAGAAAACACAUACUGGAGAGAAACCUUAUGAAUGCAAUACAUGUGGAAAAGCCUUCAGUGAAUAUUCUUAUCUGAGGCUACAUGAGAGAAAACACAGUGGAGAGAAGCCCUAUGAAUGCCAUGUAUGUGGAAAAGCCUUCUUUGAUUGUUCCUACUUCAGAAAACAUGAGAGAAAUCACACUGGAGAGAAACCUUAUGAAUGUGAUCUAUGUGGGAAAGCUUUCAGUGGAUGUUCUGGCCUUACACAACAUAAGAGAACUCAUACUGGAGAGAAACCACAUGAAUGUGAUCUAUGUGGGAAAUCUUUCACUGGAUGUUCUGGUCUUAAGCAACAUAAGAGAACUCAUACUGGAGAUAAACCCCAUGAAUGCUGUAUAUGUGGGAAAGCCUUCAGUCAAUAUUCUUACCUUAGGAAACAUGAGAGAACACACACUGGAGACAAACCAUAUGAAUGCCAUACGUGUGGGAAAUCCUUCAUUUAUUGUUUUCAACUCAUACGACAUGAGAAAACUCACACUGGAGAGAAACCCUAUGAAUGCCAUACAUGUGGCAAAGCCUUCGGCGAAUAUUCUUAUCUUAGACUACAUCAGAGAAAACACAAUGGAGAGAAACCCUAUGAAUGCCAUACCUGUGGGAAAGCCUUCAGUCAGUAUUCUCAUCGUAGAGAACAUGAGAGAACUCACACUGGAGAGAAACCCUAUGAAUGCCAUACUUGUGGGAAAGCCUUCAGUCAAUGCUCUGCUCUUAGACUACAUGAGAGAACUCACACUGGAGAGAAACCUUAUGAAUGUCUUCUGUGUGGGAAAUCUUUCUCUCAGAGUUCUGCCCUCAGGAAACAUGAGAGAAGGCAUACUGGAGAAAAGCCAUAAGAAUGUCAUCCAUAUGGGAAAUCUUAAAUUUUAUAUUCUUAGACAACAUGAAAUUAUUCAAACUUGAGAUAAACUGUGAAUGUCAUCAGUCUUAGAAAGCGUUCAGUCAGGAUUCUGACCUUAUAUGCAAGGAAAAAAACUCAAACUACACACAUUUUAAAUGUGGAAGGGACUUUAGCCAUAACUUUAACCUUUAAACACACCAGAAAAUUCACAUACUGAAGAAACACUUUGUAAUCAAUAUGUAGGGCCUUUAGUCUUUUGUACUAUUUUAGUUAAUAUAAGGAAAUUCGUACAGGAGAGAAUAUCAGUGUCAUCUGUGUAGCAAAGUCCUUAGUAGAUGGCCUGAUAAAUCCUGUGAGAGCUCACAAUAUAAAGUAAUGAAAGUUGAAGGUCCUCAUCUACCACUCUCAUGAGCAAGCCAGAGAAAUUAACACAUGAGGAAUUCUGUGUAUGCAGUGUUGGAGUGCCUUAAUUUGUGGUUUAUCCUUUAAAGAAAAUGAAUGAACUCCAUGGAAUAAAAACACUAGGUCUCUAAUUUACUGUGCACUAUCAGUCAGUGAAACACAAGCCUUGGUUUGCUAAAAAAUAAUAUAGGAAUAACCAUGAAAACAUUAAAUAAGAGGGAAAUGUCUUUACUAAGAGGGUGAAAACCCUUGGGGAAGAGCCAGAAGUUUCAUGAUAGAAAAUGUAUUCCAUGUAAAAUCAAGGGAAAUCAUUUAUUCAGAAAUUGGGGAAAUUGUAGAUAUGGGUUAUUGUGUCUAUGAGGGAUAAUGUUUGAGAUGAUUGAGCAAAUUACUGGAUAUUUGGUGGCUGGAUUAUGGAGAUCAGUGUUAGAAAUGGUAUGGGUGUGGGGAUAGGAAUAUCUGAAGCCUGUGAUUUGGGUUAAAUGAAUAUGCUUCUGUGGUUACUUCUAAUGGAUCUGUGGGAGGCAUUUUGGGGUCAUUAUUUAAAUACCUGCCAGGUAAGAAGAGGUAUGUUUGCUUUAUUAUUGAUUUUACAGAGAACAGUACUUCAUCUCAGUAGCUACACUAUUAGUGGGUGAGAGGGUCCUCCACAGUAGUUCACUAAGCCAAACAGAGGUCCAGGUAAUUCCCGUUUCCUCUCACGAAUGGCUCCUUAGGGAGUAUCAGAACCCACUGAAAUAAUCAUCUUAAUAAACAAAGAUUUAAUGGAUUUCAAAGUCUUCAGUUCCCAAAGGCUCCCAUCAUGAUGGUCCAGAUAUGGGAAUCCAGUCCUUGACAUUAAUUUUGUAAAAGUUAUGAUCCAGAACAUGGAUAUAUGAAAACUUUGUUAAUUUCAUAAUUUUAAAGAUUGCUGAAUUUUUCCUACUAAAAUUGAGUACACAAGAAGUAUCUCUGUUCUCAACAUAAACCUUAUAUAUAUGAAAUAUUGAAACAUUGCUUUACCGUCUAUAGAGAACAAGAUAAAGUUGUCUUCUCUCAUAACUUCCAUAUAAUAUAGACAUAAUUGUGGACUUACAUAGUAUAGUAAGUCAAAGAGUGGAAAGAAAAAACUUGGAAAAAAUGAAACUGCAGAUGGCAUGUUUUGGUACAUUGAAACCACCAUUAAAUUUGCAAAAAGAUAUUAGAGGCCAUUAAUUUUAGGAAUGUAAAGUAAAAAUACAAUUUCUAUAUGUUAGAGAUUUAUUGAGAGUGGUAAUCUAUGUACCUGGGCCAAAAUUUCAUGUUGACAGAAUUUGCAUGUCCUUUGUGUUGUGGAUCCACCAAGCAGCAGAAAGAGUCAUGGGAAAUUCAUCUAUUUCAUUGAUGUCACUGAAGUUAGGUCCAUUAUCCUCAUCUUCCAAGAAGUUAUCAUCCUCAGCUUCUCUCUCACCAGGAUCUCAAGCCUCAUUGGGUGUGAAAAAGUUGGAUGUAUCCUUUAUUGUCUAUAUCAUUCCAAAGAUAUCUGUCAUAAUAAGGCCCUUGCCAUCAUAAACAUAAGAUGAAUGGUUCCUUCCCAGGCUGCAAAUUGUUUCCAAAGCCCUUCAGUAUACUAGGGAAUGUUUUAUUCUCAACUCCACAUUCCAUCCACAAGCCUGACCAGAUUGCUGACCCAUUGCUAAUGGUUUCCCUGAUGAGGCAGGAAACAGGUACUUGGGGGUGAUAAGGUCCAAAUAUUCCAGGAUUAUUAGCGCUACUCACAGUUGAGUGCCCACUGGGCACUUUGUCCAGUGCCAGAGGUGAUAUAUUGUCUACUCAAGGCAAGGGAAACAGUGGCUGUUGCCCAGUACCUUCAGCUUGGCUGACUCAUCAGUGAACAUGGACUGAGCAUCUGGUGGGAUGUCAUGUCAGGGUCCUCUGGUUUCCAAUGCAUGGAAGGAAGAGCUUUCUAUUGCAACAGGCUUAUGUUUGAUGGACACCAUUGCCAGUCCCUUAUGCAAAGAUGCCACUUCCUGGAGAUCUGAGCAAGUACAGUCCUGAAUUUACUACUUCCAUUUGAUACUUUAAGCACUGCAGAGGUAGGAUAUGUUGGGGAUUUCUAGCCUCAGGAUGAUCUGAGAGCUCAUGGUAAUCCUUUCAAUUUCCACCAACCCCAAUAGCACACCAGAAGUUGACUUUCAUAGGAGUAGUGCUUGGCUGCAUCUGGGAACUUUAUGCUCUAAAAUCCCAUGGCUCUUCAUUCCAUGUGACUUGUCAUCUUUUCCCUUACACUGGAAUACAGUUUUCAAGGUCCUAGUAGCUUUAAUUUUACAGGGUCCCUCUCAAUAAGUUCUUAUUGGGCUUUGUGUGCUUGUCACUUGAUUCAUUCAUUCUGAGUUUCUGUUGCCUCAUUUGCUUGGAGUUCACAGGGAGCAUCCAAUGGGAGCACACCCAUUGCUGGGGCAUAUAAACUGUGAGAUACUGUGAUCUGAUAGGGGUAUUGUGUGUCAGAUCGUAUAGCCCAUGUGUUUCCCCUAGCUUGCCAUGGGGGUCCUUGCUUCUACAUGCUGCAUGUGAAUUGCUGUCCAUAUAUAAAGGAUGUGUCUAGACUGGUGAGACAUCAUUAGAACCCAUGGCUAGGAAUAAGUCUAAUAUGGUUGAACAGCCACUCAUGCAGAGCCUAUUCCCCACCUGAUAUGGCCCAGCACACCAGGCUGUGUGGCCCAUACUCGUUAUCAUGAGUCACAUGACUGCUUUGCCUUUGCUCUCUGCCUCUUACAGAAUGUCCUCAUUAUUUGCCCCAUUUUUCCAUUUGAGACUUAUGCAUCUUGUUCUCUGGUGGAUUCAGCGGGAAAUCAUGGCAACUUUUUAGGUGCAUAGUUUGUCAGCAUGGAAAUUCUAUUCAUGUUCUGUUUCAAAUGGUCUUUUCCAAUGGGUGUCAACAAUGGAGACAAAUAGAUCUUCCCACCUCAAAAGCUGUUGCUAUAUCCCCUGUGCCUAAUGGAGGGUCUUGUGAUUAUGCAAUCAUUGAUUUGCUGGUCAUUGGGCAAUGUGGAUAGUUGGUUUGAAAGAGCCACUGAAUCUAUAAAUAUAUAACCAUAUGUUGUUGGAGAACCCUGAACAGCCAUCACCACCACAUAUAGUUCAACCUGUUGGACAGAACACCCUCAUCCAGUCUCAAUCAAAAGGUCAUUCUUGGAACAGAUGACCAUAGUGGCCCAAUGGACUUCAUCAGCUAUGAGUUUUGCAGUCUGAUCUGUAAGCCAAGCUAUACCAUCAGCUGGGCUGCCUCACUUAGACAAGGGAGGUGCAUGACCAUCCUCUACAGGUUCAGCCCCAUCCAGCAAAGUAGAACUUUGUUCAUAGAGCUGGCUAACUCUCUGAGGUCCUGCUGAGGCUUGCUAUUGAUGUACCAUUUCCAUUUACUGAGGGAGUAUUGAACCUGUCCUAGUUUAUAGUAGGAUUAGUAAGUACAUGUGAUGCACUCGUCUGGCCUUAGAAUUGCAGAGGGCAUAUCAGUGGUUAAAGGCUACUCUCUUAAGAUCCAAUAACAGGUAAGACCUGCAAAUUGAACAGGUUGGAUUUAGUGGCUAGCUUGGGUAGGGAGUAAUAUACAGACAAGGUGAAACAUCAUCCCUAUCUGUCUCAUGCUCAGUUGGAAUUGUCUUCCUCACUGUCCCAGUAGGGGCACAGAGAUGAUUUAGCAAGCCAUGCAUCCUUCUCAGUUCUCGGGACUUAAAAGGCAGCUAUGCAGUAUUUUAUAUCUCUCCAGUCCUACCAGGUGUCUUCCUCCUGCCCUUUACUGAUGCCUAGAGAUGGCCUCAGAGGGGAUCCCCUUUCCUCCUAAUAGUGUUGUCACUGGUGGUAUUCUUCUGGAGGAAUCAUCAAAUUCUGUAUCUUUUGUUCUGUUUGGUAACCGAAGCCAUAGUGCCCUGAAGGUGGGCCACAGACCUUUUUUCUUUCUCUCGUCUUUCUUUUGUCUUCCCUGUAUGGCCCUUUUAUGCAUCCUCUUGUUCUAUGGCUUCCAUCCAUCUAGGCUUCCCUCUGUGCUGCUGCUUCCAGCCUAAUGUGGGAUGUGGUAGUGGAUAUUUUCCAUGUCUUUGCCCACCAUCAUCCCCAGGGAGAACAGAAGGAGCAGGGCUGUCUUCCACUGGAGGGUCCCUUUUCUCCUGAAUACGGCCACUGCUGUUUCAGGCAACUGUCAUCCACAUCCUGUCCAGGAGUGGAAUCAUAUAGCUAUGUCUAUCACUUUUACCUAAGGGGCAGUUAUGGUCUCAUGAACUUUCCAUAGUGUUUUUGUUGAAAAAAAUCCCCCCCCCUUGUUGGGAAAAAUGCUGUCAUGUUCCAAGGAACCCAGAAUAAACAUCACUUAAAUGUGUGUCUCUGUCCUGUUGGUUGUGGGCAAAAGUGUUUUAUCAGGGAAUCACUUGUUAAUUUCCCCAGGCUGUGCCAUUUUACUCAAAACAUCUGACUCUGCAAUAGCCCCUUAUUAGAACAGAUGCAUUAAACAAGCCACAGUAUACUCUGUUGGCUUUUGUGCAUAUAUGUCUUUUAACUUCUGUAUUUCACUGGUUGAAAAAUAUUUCAUUUUGGUAGUUUCAUUUUCAACAUCAGUGGUUUUGUUUUCUGUGAAAAUUGAUCUAACAUGGGACACAUAAACAACCUGGACUGAAUGGAGCUUCCUGCAUAACAACCUCAAGUUCCCCUUGGGAUACAUUUGCGAUCCUUGAGACACCAUGGUGGUUGGUGGUGUGCAGUCAGGAGCUGGGGUAAAGUUCCCCUAUUAUUCUUGGACCCAGUUCUCACAGAUCCAUUCACAGCCAUAGCAUCAGUUCAUCGUUAGCAGGAAGGUUUCUCACAUCCCAGUUGUCCCCAUGCAGCUAGAGGGAGGCAAGUAACUCAGCCAGCCUGUCGUCUCCCAGGGUGCCAAAUCCACCCUGGCAUUACUGAACUGAGGAACACUUAACGCCUCCACCUUGCCAUGGGGUACCUUGUUGGUGAUAAUGCUCCCUUUACCAAACCUUUUGGGAAGAGACACCUAUUACCAGCUCCAGGUUAGGAGUCGUACUGAAGAGAUGAAAUAUUACAUAUGGAUGUUGGAUUUGCCAACAUAAGACCUGACUUACACAGGCAGAGGAUGGAGUACUGCUUAUCACAGACAAAGCAAGAUCAGCUUCACCAGUGGGCAUGAGUUUCCCAUGGCCAGCAUGUCCCUUCUGGUGUCACAGGGAGAUGCUCUACAUGCAGACCUCUUUUCUGUGUUCUGUAGUUAAGGAAUCUCCUUCCCUGCUGGGAACAUACAUAGCAAUGGGAACAGGUCAGGUGCAAUAAUUCACAUACAUAGCCAAGGAGUCUCCCAUGAAUGUUUACAUAUUCUCUGAGUAAAAGGGGAAGGAAUAAGCUAGCAACGUUUUCAAAAUUCCAGUAUUUCAAUGUGAAAGUGAGAAGUACUAAGAAAGAACUUGUAGCUGUGAAGAACAAGGUAAAUAGUCCAGGCAUUCACUGGAGUAUGUGGGUAACUGAAAAACAGCAACAGAAGUGGCAAUGAAGUUCAAAGCUUCAUCCCUUAGGCCAUCCAACACUCACCAGUUCUGAGUAGCACAGACCAUGUCCCAGUAGCUUACAUUCUCUGAAUAUAUAGAAUCCCCAAUUAAAUUGUGGCCUUAUGAUUAUUUUCUUUAAUAACAUAGUUCAGGAUUCCAUUCAAUAUAUGUGGUAUAUAUAUUGUCAAAGCAAAAAUGUUUAUUGAUGGUGUCUACAUUUGUGGGAUUUAUCUUUUUCUGUUGAGUGGCAAAACAUUUUCCAUGUUGUGUCCCAAAACAUGACAACCAGCUGCAUUGACUAUGACUGUUUCUCCAUGGAAGUCCUGGACCACAUGAAAGUAGUGAUCACAGUUCUUCCGUAAUUUUUUGAAAUUGUACUUAUUUAUAUUGCAGCAUAUAUGUAACUUAAAAUAUGCUAUUUAACCAUUUUUAACUACAAUUUACUGGCCUUAAUUACUUUUAUAUGGAUGUAUUUUUAAUGCAGUUUUUUUGAGAUAUAUUCACACACCAUAUAAUCCAUCCAAAGUAAACAGUCAGUGGCUCACAGUAUCAGCCUAUGGUUGUGCAUUCAUCACCACAAUUUUAGAACAUUU